CAAGUCCCCCCCACACACUCGAGACUUUUCGCGAGGCUGCAGGAUGGACCCUCUGGGCGCCCGGUCCCCGGUGGUGGACGUUCAGACCCUACCCCGUUGGGCCGACAGUUUGCACGAAGGCGACCAGACCGAUUCCGCCAGGACCUGCGGCGAAAUGCAACGCGACCCCUCAGUCUCGUCACCCUUCCCUCACAGAGAAGACAUCAACAGGAAAAUUAUUCUGUGGAUGGGGGAUGUGGCCUUGUUGAACGGUACAGCUAUUGUGAACACCAGUAAUGAAAUGCUGUCUGAGAAGAACAGCAUUAGUGACAGCAUUCAUUUGUAUGCAGGCCCAGAGCUCAGGGAAGAAUUGCAAAAAUUAAAAGGAUGCCGCACUGGAGAGGCGAAGAUGACUAAAGGCUUUAACUUGGCUGCCAGAUAUAUUAUCCACACAGUAGGCCCGAGAUACAAUCCAAAGUACAGAACAGCAGCUGAGAGCUCCUUAUAUAGUUGCUACAGGAAUAUCUUUCUGUUAGCCAGGGAACACUCGAUGUCUUCAGUAGGAUUAUGUGUUAUCAACACAUUAAAAAGAUGCUACCCUUUGGAGGAUGCUACAAACAUUGCUCUUAGAACAGUUAGGCGUUUCUUGGAGAAACAUGGAGACACUAUCGAGACUGUUGUAUUUGCAGUCACUGAUCUUGAAGAGGCUGCAUAUAGAAGGUUGAUGCCUCUUUAUUUUCCGAGGUCGUUGGAAGAGGAAAGAAGGUGUCUUCCAUUUCUCCCUGUUGAUAUCGGGAAUGCUGAAGGGGAGCCAGUCAUUGCAGAAAGACAAAUCCGUAUUUUGGACAAACCAGGCAUUUCACAAUAUGAAGAUGAAUCUGACGAGGAAGGUCUUGACCUAGAGUAUAUUGGGAUGCAUGCAUUUGCUAAGAUGGAAGGAGAUAUUGAUAAACAAAGGCGACUGAUUUUACAAGGGCAAAUGUCUGAGGCAGCUGUCCAAAAAGCGCAUCAGAGAAACUAUAAUCGUUGGUUGUGCAGAGCUAGAGCAGAUGACUUGUCAGACAUUGCUGCACUGAAAGCAUUAUACCAGACUGGUGUUGAUAAAUGUGGUCGAACGGUAGUGGUAAUAGUUGGAAGGAAUAUUCCUAUGACACUAAUAGACCCGGAUAAGGCCCUCCUCUAUUUCAUCCACAUUAUGGACCACAUUGCAGUGAGGGAGUUUGUCAUGGUGUACUUCCAUACGCUGACGAAUGACCACCAUCAUCCCAACUCAGAGUUCCUCAAAAGGUUAUAUGAAGUAGUUGAUGUGAAGUACAAGAAAAACCUUAAAGCGUUUUAUUUUGUGAACCCAACGUUUCGAUCUAAGGUGAUGACCUGGAUAUUCACAACCUUUUCUGUCUCAGGGUUAAAGGACAAAGUUCACUAUAUUGAGAACCUUCCUCAGUUGUAUGCCUUCAUUUCCCCAGAACAAAUUGACAUUCCGCCCUUUGUGCUUGAGUGCAAUGCUAGGGUUAAUGGACCUUACCUAUAUUCGUACCCUUCCUCUCCUGACCUGUGAAGGAGUAGUAUAUGCCAUUGGUUUCUAUGUCUAGCUGCAUGCUCCGAAUAAAUGUUUAUAUUCAGGAGGCUUUUUUCUCCAUCAGAAUUUAUGUUCAUGGAUAGCAAUCAAUUUUUAUAUUGUGCGACAAAGAGCCAUGCCAUAAAUGAAGGGCAAACUAUUGUUUGUGAAAGAGACAAGUGUCUUAUUUCAUAAUUUGUCUGUUUUCAAAAUGUUCCAUUCUCAUUGGCCUUAGAAUAAAUUUCCAAGAAUGGUGCUUUUAAUACUGUACUCUAAUAACAAUAGGUCUAAUAACUACUGAUUCUUCAGCAGCCAAAAUCUGCCACUCUAUUCUCAUUAAAGAUCAUGGGAAUUUCUAUAAGUUGUGAGAGUUACAACUGUUUUAAAUCCUGAAUCUGCACCUUAUUCCACUGUGAUGUAAGCUGAAUGGAUAAUGUAAGGGAUUUAACUCACUUCAGUUUAUGACAAUCAGUGGAACAUUAUUCAUUUCAGUCUUGGGUGAACAGCAUUAUCUUGACAAAUUCUCUGCUUGUANUUUUUAAAUUAAGGGUCCUGUUACUUGCCAAUAAUUGUUUUUUUCUGAACAAGGAUCUUCCAAUUCGUAUGCAUUUUUAGAAAAAUAAGCUGAGCCACAUUAGACUUAUGGUGAUGAUACAUGCAGACUAACUGAAGUGCACAGACCUGUAAUCUGCACUGAAUUCACCAUUUUCAAUCUUAUAUAAACUGACUGGAAGUAGAGUUAGAUCCAGAAGUGUGGAGUAGUCUAUCUUAAUUAACACAAGAGCCAUAUGCACUCUUCCUCACUGGUGAUUCUUGUAGUGGCAAGUAAACAGUUUGAUACAGUAAAAUAUUGGAGUCAUUGUGUUACUUUUGUUGAGAAGCUUAUUCCAAAGGCACUUCAUCAAUGAGUCAGAUGAUGUGACAUAAAAUGAUGCUGUGCUUAAUUAAUAUAUGCCGUAUUUAGGCUUGAAUCAGCCCUCUGUUGGAGGUGGUAGUAUUUCACUGGUAGAAAGGUCCAUACUCAGAAGAGAGGCACUGAUCCCAUUUGCAGCAUUCCUCGCUAGCAGUCUUUGUUUCCUGGGCUACAUCUUUUGGGAGGUUUUAAAUCUGUUUGGAGAUUAGACCACUACUGCACUUAGUGCAGUGAAUUAUUGGUUCAUUGUGCAAGCAGAAUUAUUACUCCUAAAAUAUUUUUAUUCUAUUGACAAGUAGAGGUGGAGGUACUACAUAUCAAUUCUAGGUCUAGUUUAAAAUAGUUCUAGUUAAUGGUAACCAAUUUUGAAGAAUGUAAUUCCUGUUCCUUUUUGCCACUUUUGUAGUCAAAGCUUGAAAAUAAAAAAAUAUUAAAGUCAAAUAAACAUCUCUUACACCUCUACAAUUGGAAAACAAUAAAAAUCACACAGUGGCAACCGUAAUCUAUGAUGUACUUUUUUGUUUACAUUUUAGAAUCAGAAUUUAAGUCUUUAAUGGAAUGUAACUCAAGAAACUGUUUGAUUUAGAGGUGGGAGAGAUUUGACUUCUUUUUGCCUUCUGAUAUUUUUGGUUAGAGAGGUGGGUGCUAGUUUUCUACCCUUCUAUCUAAAACCAAAAUAUUAUCAUAACAAUUCAGUUAGAAUGCUGAACCUAAUUUAAUUUUCAUGGUACUGGAUAACUGUGCCACUUCAGCUCUGGAUCCCAGGUUUAAAUCUCCACUUAGUAACAGUGAUGGUGAAAUGUGUAAGUUAUAUAGAUGUAGAAGAGUUUUUUUUUUGUGAGGCUGUGUUAAGGAGUUGAUCUGAAUCUGCCCAACCUAAAUGGUUAGCCGGUUACAUGCUGGAAGGUUCGCUAACUUUGAUGUCGCUCACUUUUAUAACCACAAAAUCAUAGUACAAAUUUUUCUGUGGUACUUUUGUGAUUUUUAUGUCGUUUGUGGUUUGGUGUAUUUUAGUUCUAUUCAGUUGAAAAGGGUUUUCCAUCGGGCUGAAGGCAAAUUCACAACAUGACAGCAUGUCCUAUAUUGAUUUUCACAGCUGAGCAUUGCACCUAUUAUUGUAAGUGUUAUUCAAUAUAUUCUUGUUGUUAACUUGUUAGUGUAUAAGUUUUGGAAUGAAUUUAUAUUGAGACUUGGAUUUAGAAAAAUGUGUUUUCCUCCUUUCUAUUCUCUCCUUUUUUUCUUUCCUCCCCACCCCCUCCCAUGUUCCAGACUGAAAUCAGCUAACUCAAUACAGACUUGGGACCUCUGUUUGUAUGUUUCAUCCACACAUUGAAUAAACAAACUGAGCCAUUAAAAGAACAAUUCAUGUUGUAUCAAACUGUGGUGUGCACUGAGGAUUCGGAAGACCACUAUCACUCAAGGAUAGGCAAAUCAACUGCAAACUCACUUUGGAACUUUAAGUUCUCUUUACCGAUAAACUGAGUUACUAAUUUGGUUAUUAACGUCACUACUUGAGAGGGGAAAUUGAUGUGGAUUUGUAUACAAUGUCAGUAUCAUUGCUUCAUCAAGCUAUUUAAAAACGUUUAACUCUGCUAUUCAGAGGGCCCUUCAAAAAUGGAAUUGGCGUUAAAUCAUUUCAUAGAAUUGUUUUCUUGUAUUAGAGUGGCAUAAUAUGAGUCAUUCAUCACACUAUUCUUUCAAAAGAUUUGUUUUAAGAAUGAUCACUUCGCACCAAUUCUAAUUUGAGAAUGUUCAGAAUGGUUAACUAUAGAUAUAAGAGAGGUCUCUUUUUGGUAAUUCAAAAAAUUCUAUGUUUCACUUUCUUAAAAAAAAAUGGUGGUUUGAAACUUUGCAUUUGAGCAACCAAAGUGGUGAUCACAAAAUUACCAGAACUUCCACCUCAGGAACUAUUGUGGAAGUGGAGAAAGGUACACAAUGGAAUGGUCUGGGUCAGCUUACCUGAAAUAUCCUUAAAUAUUUUAAAAAUCAAGCAGCCACUUAUUGAAAGACAGUUUUAACUGUAGUUUACAUAUAAAUGAACUUGUACAGCAGAUGUCACCCUGUACAGGUAAAGCAUGUUCAUGUAAUUUAUGAUUAAUAGAAUAGUAAGAUGGAUCCUAUGCUCUUGAUUAAUAGUUAGCGUCUUAAGACUAAAAUGCAGCUUAAAAAGUGGUACGAGCAUUGAGCAGAAUUCACUAUACAUUAUGCAGAAUAAUUGAUUCCUCAAUUUUCAAUCUUGUUCUGAUGAAAAUCUGCUUGACAUUCACUGCAUUGACCAGCCAAAUAUUGAGGUUUAUGAUUAGCUGAAAUGGCUUCUGUUCUCUUUUUCUCUCCCCCUGCCCUUCAGUACACUAGAAUACCUUUGGUUCCAUUUUUUGCCUAUUUAUAUAUAAAAUAUUUGCACUCUCAGUUACUUGCAAAAUGCUGUGUGGCCAUCAUGGCAUGUAGAGUCCUUCAGAAUCGUCACAGUUAAUGGAGCUUUGUGUCAGCCCCUCAGGGCUUUAAUCUGUAACCACAAGAGAUGUGAACUAUGCAGAAUGGUAUUACCAUGAAUCCAUUUAUUGUUUUAUAUGAAAAAAGCCAAGAAAAUCAGCCUAAUUUUUAAAUUCUUUGAUAUGUGUUUCAUUCUGACUUCAUCCAAUCCUCUCACUAAGUCCAGUUUAAUAACUGCCUAUAUGUUAGUUGAAUAUAAUUUGUUAAUUCUGUUUAUAAUUUGUAUUGAAAAAAGUUCACUUUAUUUGCACAGUUUUUAUUUGGGACAAGUACCAAUAUGUUUUCAAAUCUUGUCUUUAGUUCUGGCAGAUUACAUUUUAUUUCAUGUUAAUAAAAGAUUGCCAAUCAAG